ACACGAUUGAUGCUGCAUGAAAAUGCAAAAAAAACAUAUUUAUGAAAGGAUCUUAAUGAUCUCUACUACAUCUGUUUCUGUUGCUGACGUAAUUAUACUUUAACCCCUGCUUUUGCUUCUCCCCCGCUGGAAAACGUGCAGCAACUGAAAAUAUCAUGACUGAGCCAGGCGUGCCUUCCCCGACGUCCUUCGACGACUACAUCGCGGAGCUGAGGAAGACAGCAGAAAAAGCGAGUAUCCGCGUGAUCGAUCCACGAUUUCCUAUUGCACGUUACGUCCAAGUUCUUGCGCAACUGGAGAACGGCAUCAAAGUGCACUAUGCCGAAGGCUUUCUGCCUGAAACCUACGUCAAAGCUCUCCAGUACAUGCAGCUAUACAAGCUAUUGAAGGACGUGCUUCAAGUAUCCACUUCGUUCUCCUCCUCAGGAGCAGCUGCGUCUUCUCGCACAUCGUUCACUGGUGCAGGGAUCACGGAUCUACAAGAUGGAAACAGUGCCUCCUCAUCCUCAUUCUGGUGGUCUCAAGAAAAGAAUGCGAAGGAGGAACAGCAUGCGGCGGGAGUAGCGGAAGCGAAGAAAGCACUCCGAGAGCGCGCAAUGGCAGUCUUGGAGAUUGCGGAAAAUGCGAAACAAGGACUGCACACCCACUACCUCACAGAAGACGCCUCUUCGACAGAAGAGAGUGGAGUACGAGAAGAACCCGAAGAGAAUCAUGAUGUUGUAACUGUCAGUGCCACUGUGGCACCAGGAGUAGCAACAGCGACAGAAAGAGACGAUGAGGUCAACAUCACUGGCACUGCACCACCAGGACCACAAGCGACACACGGGACGGAAGAGGAAGCUCCUGAGGUGGCGAAUCAGGAUCACGUCAGUCGCCUGACAAAGUCUGAAGACGAAAAGCAAGAAGAAGAAGCAGCAGAUAAAGCAAAGGACGGGGUUGUUGCUACGGCAGGAGGACACGAAUACGUCAACAGUGGCUUCACAAAAUCGACAGCAGACCGUGAUUCAGAUUCUCUCACAGGUCAGGAGGCGGAGGUAGGAGCGAAAAGAAAGCAUCCUGCAGAUAAAAGCAGUGCCGAAGAAGAUCCUGUUGCCUCUCGCGAGACUGGUGGUGGAGGAGAGUCAUCAUCUGACAAGGGUCAUGUUCACGAUUCUUCACCACCUUCGUGUUCGUCCCCGUCAAGCAGUGCUGUUGAAACAAGUAACUCAGCUGCAGCUGGUAAUGAUCUCGACGAUCUAAUUGCUCGUAAAUACCAAUUAUUGAGACCUGAGCAACCACCACAGCAAAUGCAAACGAGUACAUCUUCGGUAUUCUCAAACUCAUCGCACGUGGCUGAAAAUGACGAUACAACCCUGGCAGCGAUGACGAGCAGUGCUCCAAACACCUCAUCAUCUUCUUCAAUGUCAGAAGCCUCACGUAGAAGUAGUGAGCCAAAGUUCGGAGCUCCGAUGCGACUAGAGGAUCUUUUUAUGUCAGCGCCAGACCCUGAGCCUACUACUCUUCCAAAAGAAGACGUGAAGGACCCAGUUGUCGGCGUGUCCGAUCAAUAUACUAUGAAAAAACAAGAACAGGAAGAACAAGUUGGACAAGACAACUUUAUUGCCUCGGACGUUCGUCCUCAUGUUGACCUACAGACAGGAGGAAGCAGUACUACUUGCACAGUCGAGGAGGAUGGCAGCAAAAUCGCAACACGGGCUGUUGAUUAUGCUAACAUUGACACCUUUGAUGAAGACGAAGAAGAGGACCUCGAAGCACUGUCCUUGAUAAGCCAGAGUCUCAUAAAUGCUGCCCGUGAGCGAUUUGUGGAUGACGAUGGGGCAGCGUGUGCGGUGGUGACCGGAGUUGCGACUGCUGGCGGGCCAGAUGGCAGCCUUACGUCAACACUUUCCUCGUCGACACCGUUAUCGACGCAGGAAGAAGAAGGUAAUCGUAAUGGAGCCAUAAGUUUAGAUGUUGCAAGUAGAAGUGCAGGACUACAGCAACAGGAGAGAAUAGCUCCAGGGGCUCCAGAUGAAAUAAGCUCAAGUAGUACAGCCGCUACUGUAAUGGCAAUGGUACCAGAUACCGAACCGACAGCACCACCUGCUGAUCCGGUCGGUCAGUCCUUUUUUUGGCCGAGCAUAGUGGAGGAGGGGAAGUAUCAGUCCUCGGACCCUAGAAGUCCCAACUUUUGUGAUUGCUACUUUGGAGGUGCAGGUGUGCAGCCUUUCAUAAUUCCUGGCCAACCACUGGUCCCAAAACCGGUUUGUGAAGAAGUCCCUGAGGGUUCUAAUGGAUCGCUUUCUACGUUUAGGAACGCUGCUGCGUUGGGAGGCCAAGCUGGAGAUGGUUCGGUUCAGGUGCAGGGAACAGCUCCCGACGAUGUUGCGCUAGUCGGCGAUGCAACAUAUCCAAAUAUCGCUUCGACGGUAGCAGUUGAUGCCUACCGAGCUCCUACGGUAGUGUCGUUCGCUAGUCUGUGGGAGGGCCUUGAGCUUCCAACUGUCUCCCAUGGCGCCGUCAACGACGGCGGCGACGACGACAGUCCGGAUUCCGUAGGCAAGGAUGAGUCUGCGAGUACCACUGCCGUAACCAUGUCCGGACUAAGCACGCCAAGUGGGUCAGGGGCACCGGUUACAGAAGGAACAGGAGCAAAUAACGCGCCUUCCUCGCUCUCGCCGACCUUGUCCAGCAGUACAAUUUUGGGUAACGAAAGUAGAGUAGACAGUCAUCCGAUAUCUUCAUCUUUGUCGGAUUUCACUGCGACUGGUCUCGUGUACAGUAAUCUUUUGAGUAGUCUUUCGGCCGUCACAAUGCCACCCCUGCAAAACUUUGCCAUAGAAACCACGCCAGCGACCUCUUCGACCACUGCGAUUCCAACCUACUCUACCCCUUCUUAUUCCUCAACCGGGACGUCGGCAACACAUCUACCAGCAGCAACCCCAAAAACUUCAGCGGUCACGUAUUCGCAGUUGCAGGACUUUGCGCCAGCGUCCAGAGCAGCCCCACAACAACGUAAUGCUGCGUCACUGUACACAUUCAGUAGCAAUCCUAUUCCUACAACGGCAACACCUACUAUCUUUUCGAAUGCCAGCUUCACUACAACCCCUUCAGGAACAUCGACAGCACCUGUCAACUACCCCGACCUCAAUAUGAGCAUAUCGACUAGUACUAGUUCUAGUUCUAGUACCUACGCUGGUUCAUCCCGAACGAUUGCGAAUAAAGCGACUACGAAAACUUUACCAGCGUUAGGGGGUAGUAGUUUUGGUGGUGCCAGCAGCUCGACCGCUCCAACGAUGUCGUACCCAUCCUUCGAGAGUCCCCGUUUGCAACAACAUGCGCAGAAAAUGAUAAGCAUGCAAGACGCUCUUACAACUGACCGCAUGUCAGAAAUAAAUGCUACAGCUGGUGGAAGUGAUGCAAAGGCUGUACAACAACUACCAUCUUCAACGUCCUCACAACUAAAGAACUUCGCCCUGCCGUCUUAUGCUGUUAACAAUGGACAAGGAACAGGAAGAGGAAGUUAUCCAAUACUAGGUUUUGAGGAAGGUAGUAGAGUUGCCGAUGCUAGUAGAACUAGAAAUGACCAAGAACUAUCUCUGUCAUCAGUUAGACCAGAACAAGCUACAAAAACGCAGUUGCAGAAGCCUCUUUUUCCAUCCUUUGAUGUAAAUAUGCCAGCAGCCCAAGGAACAACAGUAGGACGAUCUGCAAUCCUUGCACCUUCAGCUACCACACCGAACAACCAGCAAGCGAGUCCUAGAGGACUUCCAGCGGUGAAAGGGCGAAAAUCCGUUUCGUUCUCUCCGGCUCCGCCAGAGAUUAGGUUGUACGAGACCUCGAACCCCAUGCGACCAACGCCUUCCCAGAGUUCGCAUCUGAAGGCGAAAAACAAUGAUGUCCCGAAUAACUCGACUAGAGGAAACAAUAGACCCGGGCGAGCUGGUGCGCUAGUGCAUCCCACCUCCGACAACAUGAUAUCGAGCAAGCCAAGUGCGCUAGCACCACGACAAAAGAGCAUGUUGGUCGAUAUUCCGUUUGAUCUCGUCCGGAACUUUGCCGCUCUUGUGGCCGGUAACACACGAAAGAAUGUUGAGACGUGCGGGUGGCUUUGUGGGCGAAAGAUCUUAGCCGAGAACAAAGUGUAUAUCGACUACAUUUUGCUUCCGCCACAGAAAGGCGAUGAUGUGUCUUGUGAAGCGACCGACGAAAUGCCAGUGUUCGAGUGGCAGAUGAGCAAGAAGAAUUGCCUUACGUUUGGCUGGAUCCACACACAUCCUCGACACAAUACAUUCCUCUCGGCCGUCGACUUGCAUCAGCAAUGCAGCUUUCAACUGCAGGAGCCCCUCAGCGUUGCUAUCGUCUACUCCCCGAUAGACACGCACAAGAAAGCGGGGAUCUUUCGGCUGACCGACUACGGCGUGGAUUUCAUUCAACAGUGCCCGCUCACAGGUUUUCAUCCGCACGACAAAGCGAAGCAGCCACUAUAUGACACUGCCAAGGGCAUAGUCGUCAAUAAGCGCCGCAACAUCAAAGUCGUUGACUUCCGAAAGGACCCGAAGGGACGCAUUAUCCCUUUUAACAACACAUGAUCGAUCCCAGUACAUACUUCACUCACCUCCACUCCUCCCCCACAAGACGCAAUAUCGUACAUGAUUAAAGUCCCGCCCUCAGACUCACUUGUUGCUCUUCAUGCUCCGCCACUUCUUGGUGUCCACCAUUCGCGACACUCGCUACUACUCAGGGAAAAUCCUUCGUCUUGCGCACCAUCCUCAUAUUCGUUGAUCAUAGGACAAGCAGUAG